UAUUCCAGAAGAGAUUAUCGCACCUGGCUCGGCACAUUAACCACUAUACAAAUAAAUAACAUCAAAUUUCCGAUGUGGAUGUGGAAAACAAAUAAAUUCUCAAUUUAAAUACAAUAUACGCAAGCGAACUUCCAAGGCCCCCAGUACUUCGGCUGCUGCAUCAUCCAUGGCGGCUAGUCUUUCCAUUAGCCUAUUCAAUUCGGCUGGAAACACUGAGGAUAUCACCAUCGAUGAUAGUCAAAUAAAAAUAGAGAGUGACAGCUCAACAAUGGACACAGAUAGUUUUCCAACAUUUUCGGCGGAGAAUAGCCAGAGUGGUGAGGCCAUCAAUUUACGUUCCACCACCAGUGUGGAACCGCAACAACAAUCAUCGGCCAGCGGCAGCAGCACCACCAGCAGCAGCAAUGUUGUCAACAACACCGCCCUCAUUGCCCUCCAACAGCUGGCCUCCAUAUCGUCCACACACAGUAUUGAACGUUUGCUACCCCAACUGCCCAAGGAUCUGUUGGCCCACAACGAGACGUUAGUAUAUGCCGGACGUGCAGGUAAACGUUUGCCGCGUCAAAGUUCCAAGCGCCUGUCACAGUUCGAAACGAAUCGAUGUCCCCUCUGUUCGAGGGUCUAUCGUUCGCAGGCCUUCCUUAACGAACACAUGCGCAAGGAACAUUCGGUUUUAAUUUAAAAAGAAAAAAACAUUUGAGCCUUAACCCCUUUUUUAUAUAUCUCGAUGAGGUAUAUAAGGAAUUAUUUCCAAAAAAAAAAAAAA